AUGGGCCCCGACUACAUUGGCCCCGCCGUGGACCACUUCCAGGAGAUCAGCGCCCAAUUCCCUGAGCCAUUCCCUCUCUGUACUUUUCUGCCCGCCAUUCCCGUGUCUCCCCAACCUCAGUUCUGGGCGUUCUCCCUCCUGGGCAUGGCCUUCAUCGAGUACAACACCAUCAUGACCGCCUUCGACACCCCCAGCGCUGUCACCGGCGAAGGCGGCCUGAAGGAGGACUACAUGCCGGGAGACCUCGGCUUCGACCCCCUUAACCUCAAGCCCGACGACGAGGCGGCUCUGGACGUGAUGAAGACCAAGGAGCUGAACAACGGCCGUUUGGCCAUGAUCGGCAUCGCCGGCAUGUUGGCGCAGGAGCUGGUCAACCCGGCCGACAUCCUCGGCUAGAAUGUUUGACUUUGUCGGCUGGGAGUGUCUUGGGUGUAUGAGUCAAGUGUGUUUGUUGGUGUGCUAUUGGAAGUGUUUAAUGCACCGGUCUGGUCCGAGAGGAGGAAGGCAUUUGGGAGGUGCCACGUACCUUGUUGUGCGGCCUUGCCUCGCGAUCGUAGAUGCUGGUUUGAAGAAUGUUUCGUUGAUGCUU